CGCAUCCUCUUCUCCUAUCACCUCCAUCGCCCAUCACAGUAAUACAGAAUCAUACUCCGUCCCGGCCAGCAGCACUAAACAGGCUUUGUUCAAUAUGAAUACAUCAACAUUUCGAGCUUCAUUGCGGGAACAGUGUUUACGGAGCAACACAGUAUUUGACACUGGAGAAGUCGGCUAAGGCUUCUUAUUAAGGUUCCAAACCGCAGACACCCGAAUAUGUCUCGAUGUGAAGCUGAGAAUGUUCGUGUAGUGCUGCUUAUUAUAACUUACAGCAGUCUGGAAUUUUGCUGCCUACUACUACUAUGGAUUUACCUGUUCAGUGUGGAAAGAAAGGAGUUUUACAGUCUAAGAUGGAAUUGAUGAUUGAGCUUGUGACUGCAUCACACACUUCAUUACUAGCAUGUCUGUGGUGAAGAUUGUGACACCCCAAGAAACAUGUCUUCCCCCCAGUGAAAUAUCAUCUAUAAUCUAUUCUUUCAAGGAUAGGUUUGCAUUGGAACGCCAUUCUUAUAUUAAGAAAAAGAUCGAGGACAAAACACGUGAGUUGGCUGGUGUAACUAGAGGUAUUUACAAGUUGGCAACUGGAAGAAGAGAUCCCCAGAUUCUCUCUGGUAAUGGAAUUGUAGAUAUACUAUCAAAGAGGCAGAAAGAUGCUAUUGAUAUGCAAAAUGGAAUUGCUACUAGCGACAGAAAUAAAAAUAUUAGCUGUGAGGAUGAUGGUUAUGCGUCUGUAGUUCUUCUAGGGUACAGCAUUGCUGCCAAGAAAUCUGUUCGCCCUAUUGUACUUCCAAAAGUGGAAAAACUGCCUCACUUCACUACAUGGGCUUUUCUACGUAGAAACGAAAAGAUGACUGAGGAUCAAUCGGUGUUAGGUCGCAGAAGAAUCUAUUAUGACCAGAAUGAUGGUGAAGCUCUAAUUUGUAGUGAUAGUGAGGAAGAAAGAAUUGAAAAGGAAGAAGAAAAGGAAUUUGUGGACUCUGAAGACUAUAUUCUGCGAAUGACUGUUGAAGAGGCUGGAUUGUCUGAUAUGGUGUUGCAUUUGCUCGCCAAUUUCUUUUCUAGAAAGCCCAGUGAAGUAAAGGCAAGAUAUGAAUAUCUGAUCAAGGAAGAAGCUACUUCUAAAAAUGAAAACUCUGAAGUCACCCUGGUUUCAUAUCUGGACAGGGAUCUUGAUGCAGCUCUGGAUUCAUUCGACAAUCUAUUUUGCCGGAGAUGUUUUGUAUUUGAUUGUCAAUUACAUGGGUGCUCACAGGAUCUUAUUUUUCCGGCUGAAAAACAACUCCCUUGGUUUUGUGCUGAUGCAAAUGAGGGACCUUGUGGCCUUGAUUGUUAUCUUGCAGUCAUCAAUAAAAAAAGCAAACCCAAUUUGGCAUCUCACCAAAUAGUUAUUCAUGAAGAAGACUGUAUUCUGUCACCUGAAGAAUCUAGCACGGAAGUCCCAAGGAAUAUAAACAUAAAAAAGGAAUCAUGUAAAAACAGAGGUGACAGCCGGAGCAGCAAGUGGAUGCUUACACAAGCUCAUGUUGCCGGAGAGAAGAGACCAAAGAAAAGGAUAUCUUCUAGAUCUUACUCUCUUAGAAAUUCAAGCUCAAAGGGUUUGUGUCUACCUUCACAUACACAAAUUGAUGAUGCCAUUUUAUCUAGUAGGAAAGAUUCUUCAGUUCCGAAGACCAUUAAUUCUUUGCUGGAUACUGCUGCUGGAAUAAAUCUGAAUGAACCUGUAAAUUAUCAACGCAUGACUAGUGAUUAUGAAACUGCAAAAGAAGAUGCAUUUUUAGAUGAACAUACUUCGAAGAUAGAAGGGUGCAGCAAUAAUGUUUGGAGGCCACUUGAAAAGGCUCUCUUUGAAAAGGGUCUAGAGAUCUUUGGUAGCAGCAGCUGUUUGAUUGCUCGUAAUCUCAUGAAUGGUCUGAGGUCAUGCUUAGAGGUUUUUCAGUAUAUGAACCUGCCUGAUAAUAAGACAUCCAGUCAACCAAACAUUGGUAUUGAAGUCGUGGGUAAUGAAGCACAGAAAAAACCAAGAUAUGCACGCCGAAGAGGUAGAGUUCGUCGCUUAAAAUAUACAUGUAGAUCAGGUGGACAUCAUUCGAUAAGGAAGCGGAUAUCUGAGAAGAAGGAGGAACUUGAAAAGCACUAUACUCCCUGCAAUUGUCAAUCUCAUUGUGGAAAGAGUUGUCCUUGCAGUAUAAAAUCAGGCAGCUGCGAAAAAUUCUGCGGGUAGCAAACUAUUUUUUGGACCUGAUUACUCUUUUGAAUGAGUAGAAUUAACCCUUCAGUCUAUGCUUUGGAACACGGGAGAAUGACAGGAAAAGGAAAACAAUGCUAAAGAUUUACUUAUUUAAUUGUUUGGCACUUCGGCUUUACCUUGGAAAACAUGAAGGAAACUCAAAUAUGGUUAGAUUUUGUACGAAAUUUACAGCUAUUUAACAAUAUUGGGGUUCGAAAUGGAGUAAUGGACCCUUAAAAUCAUAACAGAAGCAGUUAGCAAUGCACUGUGCAGCUAAUGAGAAAAAAGCCUGUGCAUCAUGUCUUCUGUAUUUCCUUUUUUCCUUAUUUUUCUAUCUUUUCUAUUUGUGCUCCUAUGGAAGUGCAUCCGACCCUCAUUAGUGACAGAAUAAACUGAUUGUUUUGAAGUGCUUUUUUUUCUAUUGCCUAGAUGCUCAAAGAAUUGCCUGCUACAAUUCCGAGGGUGUCACUGUUCAAAAAGUCAGUGUACAGCUGAUGAUUGUCCAUGCUAUGCAGCUCGAAGAGAAUGCGAUCCUGAUAUUUGCCAUAAUUGCUGGGUUGGUUGUGGUGAUGGUUCUAUUGGGGUUCAUCCGCCAAGAGCCUCAAAUCACAAAUGCAUGAAUAUGAAAUUACUUCUGAGACAACAUCAAAAGGUUCUUCUUGGAAGAUCUAGUAUAGUUGGAUGGGGAGCUUUCUUAAAGGAUAGUGUAAAAAAGAAUGAUUUCAUCGGGGAGUACACUGGUGAAGUAAUCUCGCACUUCGAAGCUGAUAAGCGUGGCAAAGUCUAUGAUCGUGAAAAUUAUUCAUUCCUCUUCAAUCUCAAUGAUUUGUUUGUUGUUGAUGCUUACAGAAAGGGAAACAAAUUGAAGUUUGCCAACCAUUCACUUCAACCAAACUGUGUUGCAAAGGUGAUCAUGGUAGGAGGAGAUCACAGGAUUGGCAUAUAUGCUUUGACACCGAUACAUUCUGGAGACGAACUGCUUUAUGAUUACCGAUAUGACCCUGACAACUGUCCUGCCUGGGCAAAAGAUCUUAUGGGGUCCACCUGUUCUAAGAAGGGUGAUGGUCGACCUUCAGGCAGUCGUGCUAAGAAGCAUACAUAAGUAUGUAUUUUUUUCGGUCAUUUCCCACAUAAAGCAUGUUUUUGUCAUUGCCAGAGACGACUCAUAAUGGUCAAUCUUAGUAUGACUAAUCAUACUCUCUUGAUUUAUUUUUGGAUUAGACAACUGCAUUUUUUUCUUGAGAACUAUAGUAUCUUAUGUGGGAUUUACCAUCAUUUCACUCUUGGCACUCUCUACCCUUACAAUGUUUUUAAUUGCUCAUGUACGGAGUACUCGUAUAUCUUUAAUCGUCAUCAAGCAACACUGCAACAGUAUUUAGUAAAU